AAAAAAUUAUCCCGGUGGUACACCCCCCGGUCAGGCUUAAACAAACAUUGGGUGGGCCUAAGACAGGACGCCGAUAAAAAAAAAGGUAAUCAGAAAUCUCUCGAUCGUAUUUCGAGUGGAGGAGGAGAUAUGCAAUUGCUGGCGGCGCUAAAUCCGGCGGCCAUUUCCAGGACGCCGCUACAAGCCCUAGAUCCUUCUUCGUCAUCCUCCUCUUGUCUUCUUUCCUCUGCUCAGAGUUUGAGCUCGCAACGCGGUUUUGGUCUCCUCGUAGCUAGGCCUCGACGGGGAUUACCAUCUACGUCUUUAUCGAGUCCACAGCUUUUCCGACGAUCCAAAGUUGUACAGGCAGUAGCAACCCCAGACCCAAUCCUGGAAGUACCUCUAACGGAGGAAAAUGUAGAGAGCGUUCUGGACGAAAUCAGACCAUACCUUAUGUCUGAUGGUGGUAAUGUGGCGUUACAUGAGAUCGAUGGAAACAUUGUGCGAGUUAAGCUGCAGGGAGCGUGCGGAUCAUGCCCAAGUUCUACUAUGACAAUGAAGAUGGGUAUUGAGCGUCGUCUAAUGGAAAAGAUCCCUGAAAUAGUUGCUGUUGAAGCAGUUCCAGAUGAAGAGACUGGCCUAGAAAUGAAUGAGGAAAACAUUGAAAAGGUACUGGAAGAAAUCAGGCCGUACUUGAUCGGAACAACAGAUGGAUCGCUUGAACUGGUGGAGAUUGAAGAUCCGAUAGUGAAGAUAAGAAUCACAGGACCUGCUGCUGGAGUCAUGACAGUUCGAGUAGCAGUCACUCAGAAACUCAGAGAGAAAAUCCCAUCAAUCGCAGCUGUUCAACUUAUAUAGAAAAAAACAUACUCUUUCCUUUGUAUUGUAUUAGCUCCUUGUGUAUAGUGACAGUUGUUGUGCAUAGAUACUUAUUACUGUGUUUUAACAUUUUGAUAUUUUAUCCCCAAAAUAAAGUUCAACUUAAAACCA